AUGCUCUCCUCCGCUACCCACCGUGUUCGCACAGGCUUUGGUGACUCCAAGAGAAGCUUUCGCCCUCCGUCAGGGGUGCCAUUCCAAGGUUGUGGGCAAGGGAAUGGUGCCGGACCCCCCAUUUGGAUCUCGGUGAGCUCGGUGUUAAUCACAAUGAUGGAAGCAAUGGGCUAUGGAUUUGAGUGUCUUUCGGCGUUAGAGUCACAACUAGUGACAGCCCAAUGUUUCUGUUUUGUUGACGAUACGGACGUGAUUGAAGCAGGUGACACGGUCCAUCACUCUGGGGAGGAUAUUUGCGCCUCAGUCCAGGCUGCUGCCACCUUGUGGUCGGGGGGAAUUCGGGCAACAGGUGGUGCAAUCAAUCCGGAGAAGUCCUUCUGGUGGCUUAUUGACUUUGAAUGGGAUGCUUGCAAUGGUCAGUGGAGAUUCCGUAGGAAAUGCUCCGCGGCAUCGGAAUUCGACCUUAAGAUACCGGGGUUAUACGGUGACAUUGAACCCCUUCGUCGCCUUGAACCAGAUGAUUCCGAACGUACUCUGGGGGUGAUGUUGUCGCCACUGGAAAAUCACAAAGCACAGGAGGCACAGUUGGUCUCUAAAGCUAAAGAGUGGGCCAAACAGCUUCGGCCUCACCUGCUACACAAGUACGACGUGUUACCACUAAUCCGGACCACAAUCAUGAAGAAGCUUGAAUAUCCUAUGGCACUCACUACCCUCAACGCUCAACAAUGGCAGGACAUUAUGUCACCGGUUCUCCAGGUGUGCUUACCUAAGUCAGGUGUUUGCCGCAACUUUCCCCGUUUGGUGGUCUUUGCCCCGGUGGAUUAUCAAGGCCUUGGUGUUCCUCACCCCUUUGGCAAGCAAGUGUACAAACACUUGGAGAUGAUCCUGCGCCAUAAGUCGGGGGGUACAAAGACUGGAGCCUACAUGGACGCCAAUCUCCAGGCUCACCAACUGGAAACCGGUACCUCCUUUGGUCUUCUACAGCAAGAUUACCAGAAUACGUCCAUUCUUGCUUCUGAUACCUGGCUCAAACGGGUAUGGAAGGAACUUGAAUCUCUGGAUAUGUACGUGGCCUUUGACUCUCCGGCCCUAUCUUUAAGGUGUCAUCAUGACGCCCUCCUGAUUGACUUGUUCAUGGAUCUCAAGGUUGAUCAGGACGACCUUCUCUGGCUUAACUGGUGCCGGAUGUUCCCGCAAGUAGCCACAGUAUCAGCUAUCACUACGGCUGAUGGCCGCUAUAUCCGGCAAUUCAUCUGGAACGGUUUCCGCGACGACACUUAUCGGACUCCAUAUAACUGGCCUCAAACGGUACGACCCGGGCGUCCAUAUUGGGAACUCUGGCAAAGAACAUUGUCCCGCGCGCUCUUGCCUUCACACGGUCAGCACCACCCUCUGCUCCAACCCCUGGGACAUUGGCACGACCACUUCAAGUCUUGGAACUGGCUCUGGUCGCCGACUGUUGGUUUGUUUCAUCGGGAGGGGGCUGCAUGGACCCAUCUCGCCCUUGUAGGUUCCUCUACAACUUCUCGGCGCUAUGCUCCAUCUGGCAGUCACAGUGGGACGGAUAGCCUACAACGACCAAGUUCUUGGUGGACUUGCCCUUUGCCUUCUGACGUCCUGCAUGCCACAGUGAGGCCCCUCUCCGGUAGCGACUGGGUGCUUCUCACUGGUACAGGUCUCCCAACCUUGUCUCCCUCUGACCCGGCCCUCUCCAUCCUCAACGCCUGGCAAACCUCUGUCGACCUCUGCACAGACUACUAUGGGUGGGUCCCUGAUGAGAUUGAGGUACAUGGGGAUGAGGCUGCCUUGGCCGAUGCCCUGAUCCAGGGCCGCCUCAGAAUCAUCAGCGAUGGAUCAUACAAAAAGAUCUGGGAACUGCUGCUGUUCAGCUCCUUCCCAAAGGGGGAACUGCUCGCAUUGUCAUCCGUUGUCAAACUCCAGGCUACCUCAGGAUCAGAGUGCCUAUCGUAG